CACACAACAUCGACAUAGACUAGAUAGACUACGUCGACCACAUGGACCAGCCGGGGAUGAUUGGCGAUCUCUGAACGGGACGGAAGACGGGAUGACUCGACGGGACGGAUGAUACGAGCAGGGACUUGGAAGACGACCACAUAUAUAUAGCUGGACUACCGGGAGCUCGAUAGCAACUUUCGAUCUCUGAUAGGGUCUACUCUUCACCCCGCUGCAAAGUAAGUGAUACCACAACCUACGGUCUUCGAGAUACCCUCAAGCUUCAAGGAAAAUGUCAACCAUAAUAAUCGGCAGCGGCAUAAUCGGCCUAACAACCGCCAUCCGCAUCCUCGAAUCCCAGUCCCCUAACUCUAACAAAGAGGUCUUUAUCAUCGCCUCCCGCCUCCCGACCGACGAGAACCUAACUAAAGACCCCGAAUAUGCCAGUGCGUGCGCGGGGGCUCAUCACUUGAGUUUCGCUGCGGAUGACGAUGAACGUCAAGCUCGGUGGGAUCGGAGGACGUUCGAAAUCAUGCAAUCCGAACUCUCUUCUGAAGGGGAACAAGCGACCGGCCUGAUGUCCUUACGCCAGACCGAGUAUUUUACUGGGGACGAGAAGCACUUGAAGUUCUUGGAAGGGUAUCCUGAAUUCCAAAUAACCCCCCCUCACCUCCUCCCCCCCUUCAGCACCCACUCCGUCUCAUUCCGUUCCUUGACGAUGACACCGUCGACUUACCUCUUACGUCUCACUCGGCGGAUCUUAGAGCUGGGAGGGAAGAUUUGGAGGGGGAAGUUGGUCGGUUUGAGGCCUUUGGAGAUCGAUUUUGGGUUCGCCGAGCAAGGUCAGGAGGAGGAUCAAGACCAGUCUAUCGGGCCCGAGGGCACCGAUAAUCUCACCACCACGAUCACCACCUUCUCCUCCGAAGGGAACCCAAAAGCCCGCCCUACCCUUCCUCUCUCAGCCCUGGGGAACAUCGCCAACCUAAUCCUAUGUGUUGGCAUCGGCGCUUCCUCCGGCCCCACCCAUCCCACCUCCUCCUACAACCUCUACGGUAUUCGUGGUCUCUCCGAAAAGGAAAAACAAAAAGUAUUCCCCGUGACCGGACAGGUGGUGCGGAUCAGGGCUCCUUGGGUGAAAGAAGGGUUUACUAGGCAGGUCGGGAGUCUGGGCGGCAGCCGUGGAUCUUAUCAAGACAGCACGAAAGAGCUCAACAAAGAGGAAAACAAAGAGGAAAACGAAGAGGAAAACAAAGAGGAAAACGCAGAGCUCAACAAAGAAGAACAAACAGACAGAGAAGGCGGAGAGGGCGGUCAACGGACUUAUAUCAUCCCUCGGUCCAAUGGAGAGGUUGUUUUGGGUGGGACUCGGGAUAUCGACUUAUGGGACCCAACCCCAAACCCCUCGACGACGGAAGAUAUCCUCCACCGCUGCCUGACCAUCCACCCUUUCCUCCUCCUUGGUCACCCUACCACCCCUCUCCCCGCCUCUGCUCCUAUGGCGGAGAAGAUGGAGGUCUUAAGGGGGUUGGUGGAGGAGGUGGUUGUUGGGUAUAGACCGUCCAGGGAGGGUGGGCCUAGGGUUGAGCGGGGGGUCGAUAUCGACCUUGAAAUCGAUCCCGAAGACAAUACCGACGCCGACGUAGAUGGCGAGUUUCAGAGUGCAGAAGAAAGGCAGAACGGGAAGAGCUUAAAAGCGCGCAAGGUGAAGAAGUGCAAGGUCAAGGUGUUCUAUAACUACGGACACGGAGGAGCGGGCUGGCAGGCUUGUUGGGGAGCUGCGGAGGAGACGAGGGACCUUGUACUGGCCGCCGAGGGGAAUUGAUUGAUAGGUUGUGGUUGUAUGUCAGAGGUUGUUGUACGUAUCGUCAUCGAUUUGUCGUGAAUGUCUGUCUCCGUUUGUCCGCGUCAUCACUCGUUGGAGGACGAUGACAUCGGCCACCGAGACGAGCGUCAAUGAGAGCAUAUUCAUGUGUUCAUGUUCA